AUUAAUCAUGCGAUUGGAUCCCUUUGACGAUUCCUUGAAGAUAGGCGAUAAAAAACAUUUUGUGCAUACGUAGUAUUGCUUAUUAUAGAAAGAUAAACGCCGAAACAAAUCACGCACUGUAAAUUAUAUUCCAUUUUUCCUAGCUGAAUAUAAUAUGAAGAAAAACUACACUUGAACAGUUGGUGUUGAGUGUGAAUCAAAAUAUAGAAGGCUAUUCUGAAAAUUUCAAAAAUAAUUUUCAGAAGUUUCUCUAACUUAAUGGAUUGUAUACAAUCAAAAGCCAAACUCUCAAAGUUCCAGAAAAAUGGUGAAAAAGUCAAAAUUUGACAUUUCUAUUACGGCGUCCAAAAGUUAGACCACUCUCCUGCAUAUGUUAUUUGGACCAUAUUUUCCAGAUUGAGGAAACGCCCAUAUUUUGAGAUCCUCAAUCCAAAUCCAUCAAGGAAAAGAAAAGGGUAUUAGAAAUGACAGAUGCGGAUUACGAAGUAGUGUGCUCAAAAAUUGACGAAGAAAAAGGAUAUCUGAACUCAGUUAGUCAGGAUAUUUGGAAAUUACCAGAGCUAGCGUAUAAAGAAGUACAUGCACACGCUCUUUUAACUUGUGCUUUGAAACGCCAUGGAUUUAAAGUUCAAAAACAUUAUUAUAUGCAGACCGCCUUUAGGGCAGAGUUCUCCACAAACUCUGACACUGGAGUAACUGUAGCCUUUUUGUUGGAAUAUGACGCCUUACCAGAAAUAGGUCAUGCAUGUGGACAUAAUCUUAUUGCCGAAGCAGGCUUAGCAGCUGCCAUUGCCACCAAAGCUGCCAUGGAAAAGGACAAGACAAUAAUUGGAAAGGUGGUGGUCUUGGGAACACCAGCUGAAGAAGGUGGAGGUGGAAAAAUUAAAUUGUUGGAAUUCGGAGCUUUCGACGGUAUCGAUGUCGCUUUGAUGGUUCAUCCUGGGUUCCUUACCCGAUUAAGUCCUAUCUUUUUAAGCAGUGUUAAAGGAUCUGUUCAUUUCAAAGGUAAAGAGGCACACGCUGGUGCUGUACCGUGGCUAGGUGUUAACGCUUUAGACGCUGCUGUAUCCUGUUACCAAAAUCUUGCCUUGAUGAGACAGCAAAUAAAACCAACUUGCAGAAUCAACGUCAUAAUUACAAAGGGUGGAUCAGCAGCUAACGUCAUACCAGACGAAAGCAGCAUGGAAUUUUUUAUCCGGGCUUCAACAAUGGGUGAGUUAAAAUCAUUGGUAACCAAGGUGGAGAACUGUAUAAAAAGUGCUGCCUGUGCAACUGGCUGCGAAAUGGAAUUCAGCUUCGUGGAGGAAGAUUGUUACAACAAUUUGAUUACAAAUAAAGUUUUGAUCAAUUUAUUUGAUUCCUAUUUAAACCGAUUAGGAUAUAUCAACGAUGACAAAAAGGCAAUCAAUCUACCAGUUGGUUCUACUGAUAUGGGAAAUGUGUCACAUAAAAUCCCAUCUAUACAUCCAUUGUACAGAAUUCCAGCAACGGCUGUUAAUCAUACCAAAGAAUAUACAAAGUUUGCGGGAGCUGAAACAGCUCAAGAACCAACGCUACAAAUGGGAAAAGCCAUGGCUCUUACAGCAUUGCACGUAUUGCGAUCUCCAGAAGUUCUGGAAGAAAUUAAAAAAGAGUUUAUAUCUGAUUUAGAGGAAGAUAGCCGAGGUUAAAUUGAAGUAGCAUUCGAUUUUUUUUACUAUGAGUUGUUUUAAUUUGGCGAAAGAUUACUACCAUUUAUAAAAUUGUACAAAAUAUAACAGUGUUUUUACAUAAAUGGUGGGUGAGAUUUAAGCAGUCUUAAAUGAUUUCUAAAAGUUUCAACUUCAUGUUUUUAUACAUAAAAACUAAUUUUUUUGUAUAAAUAAACACUAAUAUAAUAGUUAUAAGAAACUUACAUUAUAAAACAUCAAAAUGUACAAUUAUAAGAAAUUUAUACACUUAUGCAAUAAAACAUCAAUGAGUAUAAUUAUUUAUAAACUGUAUAAAAUUGUUUUAAUGUAAAGGUUUAUAAAAUUUUAUUGUUAUAAAAUGUA